ACAUUUGCAAUAUUAAGUUUAAAUUAAGUAACUCAAUAUUGUGUAGUAUUUAUUUCGGCAACACUUUUACAGCCAAACUAAUUGCUACUAAUUGUAUUAUUAAUCAAUUUUUUUCUCAGGGAGGUACAACUUUGCUCGGUUUCAAUGUAAGGGUCACGAAAGCAUCCCGCCAACACUGAUUAUGUCGUCGAAUAAAAAACUAAAACAAAGACGACUGCAGUUUGCUUGGCAACCGGAAACUCAGGGGGCAUCAAGAUCAUUGAUUCUCGUUAAUGACGCCGAGACAGAAACCGAAGCUGGAGAUCAAGAUUCAAGUCGUAAAAAAUGGAUAAAGGAAUUAGAACCUUACUUUAACUAUGAGAGUGGCAAAAAGAAUUCUGAAGGUUGCACAGUCAUUACAAUGGUAUGCAAACUAUGUUCUCAAGAUGACGCCAAGUCGCCUCAAGACAAAUCGACUUCUAUUGCGGAUAAAACAAAAAGUAAUUUUGUACGACAUUUGAAGCGACUUCAUGCAACCCAGCACACAAUGUAUGAAGAGGAGUUAAUUCGCGACUCGUCUGCCUCCAACGCAGGUGCGCUUUCUGUGGUAUCCGGACUGACAAAAUCAAAAGCCCAAUCGAUUGACUUAUAUCCCCCCAAACAUUCAGUCCAAAAAGAUUUUGAGAAAUGCUCUUAGAAUUCUUCUUGUUGGAUUCCGUCCAUUUUGAUCUGGUUGGUAGAUUAGGUUUUAAGCGACUGUUGCAUCACCUGAAUCCAAAACUUCGUAUCCCACACCGACGAACUCUCGCCCGACACCUAGAUGUUUUGAAUUCCCAGAUUUCAGAUCUGACCCAGGGUUUAUUGAAGUCGUUGCAGCCACGAUCAUUAAACGUAAUUUUAGACAUAUGGUCAUCUCGUCAAAAAAAAUCCGUCAUGGGGGUUAAAGUGCAGUUCAUUCAUGGGUGGAGGAUGCACCAGCUAGUUAUUGGAUUUCAACAUUUCCCUGAAUCGCAUACUGGCGAUAAUAUCAAACGGUGUUUGCAGUCGAUUCUUGAGAAAUAUGGCAUUACUAAUGAUAAGGUUGGAACGGUCACGGCGGAUAAUGCAUCAAAUGUUCUCGCAGCCUUCAAAAUUGCAAAAAUUGAUGUUGAUAAUAAUGAAGACCUAAUUUAUGAAGACGAACUAGAAAUAUCGGACAAUGAGGAGUAUGGUGAUUCGGAUUUGGAAGAUUUUGACAAUACGGCUGAAGAGACUGUCCUCCAAGUAGAUAUGACCACGGAACGAAAUGGCUGCCUUCUCCAAUUAGCUAUUAAGGAUGCAUUUUCCGAAUGUGAAUUUGCAUCACAGUUAUUACGCAAAGUGAACCAGGUGGUUAACUACUUUCACAGGAGCAAUUUCUGGUACACUCGACUUAGGGAGACAGUAGGCGACUUGUCGUUAUUAAAGCCAUGUACUACAAGGUGGAAUUCCCAAUUUCAUUGUUUAAAGCGAAUUUUCGGCGAAAAUCGACAGGAGGUCCAUUUAUUUUAUCGUUUAUCAUUUACUGAUUUAACUUGGUGUUGUGUUUUCCGAGAUAUAUAA